UGGCCAUGAGGGGGUGCGAGUCACAGCUGUGAGUGUCAAGUGAAGAAAACCGUUUAGUGAUUCAUAGUGAAAGGAAAAUGAGGUGUGAAUAUGGUUAAAUGAUCCGUAUUAUAUUAUAGAAGUGGUUUGGUCCUAAAAAUUUAUCCAAAAUGGAUAUGAUGGAUGGAGAGACGGUUUAUAACUCUCACGACGACUCCCAUAUCGUAAUGUCAGAGAAAGUUCAGUCUUUAGCGGGGAGUAUAUACCAAGAGUUCGAGCGAAUGAUAACACGCUAUGAUGAAGAUGUCGUAAAGGAUUUAAUGCCCUUAGUGGUAAACAUCUUGGAAUGUCUCGACCUCGCCUACACAGAGAACCAGGAGCAUGAGGUUGAGGUGGAGCUGCUGCGGGAGGACAACGAACAGCUGGUGACGCAGUAUGAGCGAGAGAAGCAGCUCAGGAAGGCCUCCGAGCAGAAACUGCUGGAGCUGGAAGAUGGCAUGGAAGAGGAGAAGAAGCAGUGCCAGUCCCGCGUGGAGACCCUCGAGUCCAUAGUACGAAUGUUUGAGCUCAAGAACAGGAACGCUACUGACCAUGCAAAUCGAAUGGAAGACAAGUCAGAAGAAAUGAAGAAGGAAUAUACAAAACUUCACGACCGAUACACAGAACUAUUCAAGACUCACAUGGACUACAUGGAGCGCACCAAAAUACUCAUGGGCACCGACCGCCUCGACCAGCUGGGAGGCUCAAGAGGCAGAAUCCCUGGCUUUACGUUAGGCAAUCUUAACAGUAUACCUUUCAGGUCAACGGGGCCGCUUUCCUUUGGCUUCAGCUCGCUGGAUCCAAACAAAUCUAUAUCGUCUCCAGUGGACAUGAGUGGGUCAGCAAAUGGCACAGUACAAGUCACAUCCCUUAGGAAUGAAUUGCAGGAAGCACAAGUGGGUCCGGACACACCAGUUGUACACACAGACAAAGGUCAGCUGACGGACACAAUUGAACAGGCUGACCGGGAAACGGCCACAAAAGGGGGAUGGGUGGACGGCUUUACCCCAGAGUCAGAAAUGAUGUGAUCUCCCGAGAUAGAAGACCUAGAAGAUAUAUCUAUGGACACCAGCAUUGGUCCAGAGGGUAAACCACCAGGCAAAAUUAAACCAACUACUACAAAGCAUAAGUGGGAGAUGACCUAUGAGACUUUGGAUUUGGUGUUUAAAGAAUUCUUAGAGUCUUGUUUGAAACCCCCGGACACUUCAGGUGGCUGGGUGCACCCAGGAGAAUAUGCAUCGUCUGUCACAGACAACUUCUUUGGCAUGGGUAAAGAAGUUGAGAACCUCAUCAUGGAGAAUAAUGAACUAUUAGCAACCAAGAAUGCCCUAAACAUUGUGAAAGAUGACCUUAUUGCCAAAGUAGAUGAACUAACAAGUGAGCAAGAGAUCUUACGGGUUAAGUCCCUGAAUGCUGUCAAAUCGAGACUCAAACUAAGAAUCACAGAGUUGGAGGAUGAAGUGAAGAUCAAGGAGGAGGCUGAGAAAAAUGCUAAAGCUAACAAAUCAGAUGACGAGGAGGAUGUACCUAUAUUGGCGCAAACGAUUUACUAGGGUUGAGAAUGUCGGGUGUUGAUGGAACGAAACCAGUAUAAGGAACGGUUUAUGGAGCUGCAGGAAGCUGUACGUUGGACGGAAAUGAUCAGGGCCACAAGGAAUGAUCCAAGUGUUGAUAAGAAGAACAAACAAACUAUGGAAAUUGUAAGUUUGAAAUUCUUCAGUAAUCUAUUCAGCACAUCAGAAAGGCCACAGAGAAAGCCUCUUCCAUAUGGUAAUGUUCGUUACAAUGCUCCUGCCCACCAAGUGACACCAGCACUGAAUGUCGCGCAGAAUCUGUCAGACCACGAGCGUAAAGGGCUUGAGAUUUUCGAUACUGGAUUUUCCUCAGAGAAGUUGCAACAGCGCCCGUUGAAGCCAGAAACAUCCAAGCAGGCCCGUACCGUUAAGAAAAAUAGCAGGAUGCAGGCUUAUGGCUGGAGUCUACCUGCUAAGACGGGUCAAAAGGCCAUUGAGGGACCCCAGGCUCAACCUAAAAGUUCCUCUUCAACACACGUGCCUGUUCCUGUACCUGUAUACUGUCGCCCACUCAUGGAGAAGGAACCAGGGAUGAAGAUCUGGUGUGCUGCAGGAGUUAACUUGACGGGAGGAAGGACAAAAGAUGGUGGUAAUAUUGUAGGUGCCAGCGUCUUCUAUUCAGGUGACACGGAAACAACAAUAAUUAAACCAGAAGAUGAAAUAGAUAAAUUAGAUAUGGAACUUCAGGAACACGAAAAAGAUAGAAAAGAAGGAGAACUCCUCGAGCAAACACUGUCAUCCCUUGUGUGGAUAUGUACCUCCACCCACUCCAUUAGUAAAGUGACAGUCAUUGAUGCCAACAACCCAGCUGACAUCCUUGAGUCAUUCCAUGUCUGCUCUUCACAUCUCCUCUGCAUAGCCAGUGUUCCAGGUGCCAAGGAAUCUGACUAUUCCAUUGAUGAAGAUUUGAAUAAAUUAGUUGAGGAGUCACAGCAAAGCAACAACUGCGAUAACCCAGGCGAUGCAAGUGCCAACGACAACAAAAUAAAGAGGAGGGCGGACCGUCCAUGGGCACUUUCAUUUAUAAGCUGCGCUGCUGGCAGUGAAACGGGGACACCAGAUUCACCCACUGAAAAGCCUGAAGAAAUUAAACCUGUUCUUCGCAAAGAAACAAUCACCUGUACAGAUCCAGAUCAAGAUGCAGACAGGGCAGAGGUACUAGAAAAUUCAGAGGAGGAAGAAGUACCACCACGGAGAUUACUUAAGGACCCAGAGGGUGUUGUCAAAGAUGGGGUUGAAGAAGCACAGCCUUCUCAAGACUCCAGCGUAGUAACAGAGGAGAUUGAAAAGAUGUCCUCUGUGCUGUCGACCAUGUGGCUAGGAUCACAGAGUGGCUCCAUAUAUGUCCAUUCAGCUGUUCGCCACUGGAAGCGCUGCCUACACUCAAUCAAGCUCAAGGACUCUGUGCUGUCCAUUGUACACAUCAAAGGUCGAGUCUUGGCAGCUCUUGCAGAUGGCACUGUUGCUAUUUUCCACCGGCAAGGGGAUGGACAGUGGGACUUAACUAAUUACCAUUUAUUAGACCUAGGCAAACCUCAUCACUCCAUUCGGUGUAUGCACGUUGUACACAACAAAGUCUGGUGUGGAUAUCGCAACAAGAUUCACGUUGUCGACCCUCGUAUUAUGAAUGUUGAAAAAUCAUUUGAUGCCCAUCCACGCAAAGAGUCACAAGUAAGACAGAUGGCAUGGAUUGGUGAUGGUGUUUGGGUGAGCAUUCGGUUGGAUUCGACCCUCCGUCUUUACCAUGCACACACUCACCAGCACCUUCAAGAUGUUGACAUAGAGCCAUAUGUAUCUAAGAUGCUCGGAACGGGCAAGUUAGGCUUCUCAUUUGUGAGAAUAACUGCCCUCCUCAUUUCCUCAAAUCGGCUGUGGAUCGGGACAGGAAAUGGUGUCAUCAUUUCUGUUCCUUUGUCCGAGAAUGCUAAUCCCAGACCAGUAGCAACUAGUGGAAAUACUGAGAAUAAUACUCCUGGAGGAACUACCACUAGAGGGAACAGUGGGGGAAGUAGUGGAGGAAUAAGUGGAGGAACUAGUGGUUCCAGUCGGAUGCCUGGGGCAGUAAUUCGAGUAUAUGCUGACAAUAAAGACCAAGUAAUGCCUGGUUCUUUUGCCCCAUAUUGCUCCAUGGCCCAAGCUCAACUCUCCUUCCAUGGGCAUAGGGAUGCUGUCAAAUUCUUUGUUGCUGUACCAGGCUCAGGCGGGUAUAAUGCCCUUACAGCCGCACCAACUGCGUCCUCUGUACGGGCCAUCACCGACAAGGAACACGAGGACAGCGAACCGGAGAAGAAGCCAAAGAGUAUGCUAGUGAUAUCUGGUGGGGAAGGAUACAUCGACUUCAGAAUUGGUGAGGGGGAGGAAGAUGGAACUCCAGAACCAUCUGCUGAGUCGCUGAGUCGCGGUGAUCGCUCUCACCUCAUCGUCUGGUCUGUGGCGCGUCCUCCACUCUGAGGCCAUUAGUCAUGCUUUGGAGGGGAGUAGUCAUCACAACAAGGGAUUAUUUGGCGCUCAGAGCAGAUUUUCUUUGUCACUGCUUAGUUCUAGUAUGGGCUAACAUACAGUGAGAAAAUUUUUAGAAUAAAUAGCCUCAGAGCAGUGAAAAAGAAUGUUUGCUUUUGGGAUCUCUCUAAGGAUCAGACAAGUCAUCACAUCACCAUUUUCUCAGGUGUUACAGAUACUGAACAUUCCAAUCCCAACAACUGCACAAAGUGGAAAUGAAUAAUUCAAUACUAAUUUUCAUUAAUGGUAUUAAAAUCUGCAUUACUGUUGUUCUUCAUGGGCUUAGCCAAACAUAAUAGGAAUAGCAAAUGCUUAAUUUGCAUCCUUGGCAGUACACAAGUAAGCAAUGGGAAACUGUGCAUGUUCGGGUUGGUAUAAAUUCAUCUAUCUGGCAACCUACAUUUCUUCAUUGUUUAAGUGAUCACAGCACAAGAACAGACUCAGCAUGGAGCUGUAAGUGUCACUGUUUUAAGACAGUACAGUAUAGGCAGCAAGUUGUAUGGUUAUAAUUUUGCCAUUAGUUUUGGUUUGAUUAAUCCAGCAGACAUGUAAGCUUAACUGUUCUUCCUUUAAGCUUAACCAUUUUUCAUUCUUUUCAGUCUUCAAAAGUGUGUUAGGAUUUUUCUUAUAAACAUAAUAGCUCUAGUCUUUCGAUCGUCUCCAAGAUGAGAAAGCACAUACAGGUAUGUACGGUGUGUUCAUAAGACAGAUACAUAAGAAUUUUGAAAGAAAAUAAUUUCAUAAUUUUGAAGGGAAACAUGUCUUUCAGUAUGGUACAGUAUUUGUAUUAGGUUCUAUAUUUUAUUUUGGUAUUGAUGAUAAGUCUUAAGAAGAAGGAAUUAAAAAUAAAGAAAAAUGGAUACCUUGCUUAUCUUGCUCUAUAAUGAUUUUAUAUUUUUACAUUUCUUUAAUCUCCAUAACACUGAGCUAUAAAUUUAUCCUCAUUGUAGAAUUAAGAUCCAGGACAAUUAUGUUUGAGCAGAAAUUUUUGUAAAUCGGGUAUACAGUACAGUGUAUAUACAGUAUUUAAUGUGAAUUUUAUCAUGUAUAAAAAAGUUGAUUUUUUCUUCUACUUUUUUUAGGUUGAAGCAAAGACAAUGAAAUCCACUUUUAUAAUGUUAAAGCUAGCCAGCAGCAACUGUCAUGAAUGAUUGCCAUAAGGAGCCCCUGUGUUUUGUAAAAUUUUAUUACUGUUGGUGGUUAAUUUUAAUUAAACGUGUGUGCUUUUGAAAGAAAAUAUAUUUAUGUACUGGAUUAAAAGUUUGAGUAACAGGAAUUCAUUGGCAGUAUUAAGGCUGGCAUGUUUUUAACAUUUAUAUUAUUUUGUUUUCUUGGCCAUUUGUGAGGUGUAAAUUUUAAAUAUAUGAGGCCUAAUAGGACCUUUGUCAUUAUGAUGGGGAAAAAAAAACUUUGCUCAAAAUGCCCAUCACUUGUCAUGAAAUUUGGUAUAGCUCAGAAUUCUUAUCUCAUUCGGUUUGGAAACAUUGUCUAGGCUACAUGGCUGUCAGUUUUUGAAAGCAAGGAAGACAACAUGAGUUUUUAUGUGUUGAUAAGCAACAUAGAUACCCAGCAAGAUUAACCCAUUGUAUUUCUUGAGCCUUAAAUUUGCCUUUAGUUGAGAAAUCACAUCUCAGAUACAAUGAGUCUAAUAGGUAUGAACUUGCAGCUUCAUCCUGAAGUAUGAUGCAGGCUAUAGAAAGUACUUAACCAAUAACCUGUGCUUGGCUCCACUAAAAUUUCCUCCCCCUCCCAUCCUGUGUGUGAUGCAAAUUGUUGAUAGCACCAGAUGUUUUGAUGCUACUGUAGAUGAUCUGAACGUUGCCUUUUUGUAAUAGAGAUGUAGGAGAAGCGUACUUCACCUGAGUUUUAUGUGAGAUUCUAAAAAUGUAUACUUAAAGAAAAGGGUCUUAGGCAUAGUAUUAUGGAAAGUUCAGUAUAAGAGAGUUGAGUGCAGGCUACCUUUAUUGCGUGGUGAUGAGCAAACUUGAGUUUUACACCAGGGUCAAAUUUAUUGAAAUUAUUAUUGGUACAGUACUGUACAGUAUAUACCAAGGGAAGUACAUUUCACCUGAAUCUUACUUUAGUGUCAAAUCAUUGGUGUUAUCAUGAACAUUGGGUGUAGCAGCUUAUUCCCAAAUGCUGAGAGCUGUGCAAUCUCUUGAGGCUUCAUAUUUUUUAACAAAUAUCUUUCUUUUGUGUUCAUUUAUAAACUGAAACAGUUCUUGAGAAUUAAAGCAAUGCAAGUAUUCUUUAAAAAAUAUUGCAGUGUGCUGCUUAAGAGCUGUCUCAGAUAUUUCUUCAGGUUCCCACAUUUUAAUUUAUAAUUUCUUCAACUGAAGUCUCUCCAAAUAUGAUAUUUUCAUCAUAUUUAAAUAAGACUUUCAGUAGAAUGUUCCUCUACCUUGUCAGUUAUUUGUUACACAUAUUUUUUUAUAUUAAUUACACAAAGAGUCUUCUACCAUCAAAAAAAAAAAAGAUUAAUAUAAAUAUAUAUAUAUAUAUAUCAGUACCAAAGCUUUAUUGUUUUGAUAAUUUUGUUAUGUAUAGGAAUGUAAUUAGUUACUUGUGGAGAGAAAGUUUGUAGUUCCAUAUUGGAACUGUUGACUGUUUUAUAAGAACUUACUUUGUGUUCACUGUUGAAAUUCACGAAGAUAUGCUAACAUCUUUCUUUGGCAAAUGAAACACCAAGGCACAAGUCAUUUACAAAAUUGUUUGCUAAGCAGACAAGACAUUGUAGUUGCUAUAUAACAUUUUUACAAGUUUUAUCUGAAGCUCUUUGUAUACCAGGCCAUGGUUUAUAGCUUGUAUACUGAGAGAUACAGUUGUAUAGUAUCUUGUAUGGUUGUAAUUUAUUUGAUGUAUGUAUUAUUGAUAUAUAGUAUCACGGAUUAAUGUCAACCUGUCUUGUGAAUACAGCUUGAUCCGCAGUAAACAACAAUAACCCA